UUAGGGGUUUGAACAUGGCACAAUCAUCAAAAGGAUGUCCAGGGACAUUUCAAUCUGAAAUUACUCACCUUAUGACACGAGCAGGAGAUCUCUUUAAUCCAUGUGCAGCAUCUUGUGUACUGAUUGAGAAAGAAAUGCUGGGUGAACUUGAAGACCUGGCUCAGCGUCUUAUCCAAUCUGCCGGCAUGAGGUCCUCAACGAUCAUUGAACCAGACGACUUUGCAUUUCAGAUGCGCCAGAAUGUAUCUAAGCUGUACCGUCUUAAUGAGUAUCUGACAAAACGCAGUUUGUUGAGAAACAAGCUGAGAAAGAAGUUUGAUGAGGAGGAUGUUUCCGUACAUCCGGAUCUGGAACUAGAUAUUGUUAAUAAACCAUGGAAACGUAGAAAGGUAACUAAGAAGCAACACUUUAAAAUACUAGAAAACACAAAUGGCCCUAGUGUUUUGUUUCUCGGUUCGUAUGAUUCGUUAUCCUGGUUGAGGAUGCAUAGAAGCGAUCUUAUGAGUGAGGCAAUGUCCGGGACAGAGUACGAGGAGUACACACACCACUACCCCCACAGCUUUCUCAAAGACUCGUGCGAGAUAUCUGCACAUUUCAGUAAACUCAUCCCUAACCCUUACUCUCUGGCUAAGGAAUGCGCGCCUAUUGUUGGGUACCUGGCGCAUGAAAUGGUACAGCAGUGGGUAGAAGCAGCUACUCGCAUUUACAAGGAUAUGAAGAAGAUGCCUUGCUGCCAGUUUUGCCUCCAGCCUUCCAGUGGCACCUCAUCGUCUACCUCAACUGAAAAGAGCUCUGCAAGUAUCACAAAAGUCUCAGUCCUACCCUGUUUACAGCCUCUUCACUUCAACGAAGUUCUUCGGAGGUUCUACAACAGCAAUACCAGACAUUCUUUAUUCUUGUUAUGACGAAAUACCAGACAUUCUUUGUUCUUGUUAUAUGAAUUAUGAUGAACCGACUCUCAGACGUUCCUUCCGUUCAAGUUAUAACCACUGCACUGGACUCGAUAUAUUAUGUGCACGGCCACGGGUCGUGGUUCUGAUAACUGUUUGAGCCUAGUUUCACCUGUAGUACCUACAACCUACUGCCUACUGUUCACACUGUGCAACACCAAAAAUACCUUGUACAAUGGAACAAGAGGUGGGUAUUACUGGGGACACUACUGUAUCACACUACUAGUUACCAUAGUAACACUACUGUAUCACACUACACCAGUACUUGUUAUCCGGUACCAGGUAACCAGGUAACCAGGUUACCUGGUUACCAGGUGGGUAUUACUUGGGACACUACUGUAUCACACUACACCAGUACGUGUUAUCCGGUAACUCUUCACGCGCAACUACUUACCAAUCUGUGAUUACUGUAGUAUGUACACGUGUGAAAUUAGCCUGGUAUGUACAUGUGUGUGACCCUUUGUAAAAUGUGUACCAAAUAUCAGCUCCUGCCCACAAAUUAUAUAAUGUAAUACUUUUCAUACAUUUCAGGUUUAGAGUUUGUUAACUUAUCAGUAUCAUUAGUUUUCAGUGUGACCUAAGACCUUGUACGUCAUGAUCAAUUAUUUAAAUAUGCCUUUCAAUUAUUGGUAUAUUUAAUAUUUACGUGUAAUGCUGAUAAGUGAUAACCUUCUCCACAGUUAGUUGUCUUUCUCAACCUUUACAUUUUGUAAUUAGUGUAAAACCCAGUUAGGUGUCAUGUCAGAAGAAGACAAAGUGGCUCAAACUGCAGAUGCUGUGACCAAUGAUGCUGUGACCACAGAUGCUAUGACUACUGAUGCUGUGACCUCUGAUGCUGUGACCACAGAUGCUGUGACCACUGAUGCUGUGACCACAGAUGCUGGGACCACUGAUGCUGUGACUACAGAUGCUGUGACCACUGAUGCUGUGACCACUGAUGCUGUGACCGCUGAAGCUGUGACCGCUGAAGCUGUGGCCACUGAUGCUGAGACCGCUGAAGCUGUGGCCACUGAUGCUGUGACCGCUGAAGCUGAGACCACUGAUGCUGUGACCACUGAUGCUGUGACCAUAGAUCCAGAGAGUGUGACUGAGGAAGCUAUGGCAAAUGAGCCAGAUAAUUGUGCUGCUGCUACUAGCUCAACCCCACAAGUGGACAGCAGUCCUGCUCCCGAUGCGUCCAAAUCAGAAAAACAGGCCGAAUCAAAUGAACCAAGUGGUAACAAAAGGGCUGCAGAGGAACUAGAACCGGAGGAAAAGUGUAAAAAACCGAAGACUGAGAACUUGUUGGUUUUCAAAAUGCUGUGUCCUUUCUGGUGCGCGGGUGCUGUAAUCGGUACUAAAGGUGAACAUAUCAGGCAACUUAAAGAGGAAACUGGGUGUGUCAUUAGGAUAACUAAAAACCAUGAAAACUUUCCCAUGACAAGCGAACGAGUUGUUUCUAUCAGAGGGGAGGAGGAGUCCAUCAAGAAAGUAAUCCUAGCAGUUCAAAACAAGAUAAGGAACGACAGACCGCCCCCAAACGCUCCUUCCAAAGACAACUCCAAACGUAAGGGUUGUAUGAAGCUGGUAGUAAGUGUGUCCUCGGCAGGUCGUAUUAUUGGUAAAGGAGGGGAACAGACUAAGAAGCUGCAGACACUGCACGGAGUACAUGUGGAUGUCAUGAAGACAGCUGAUCUGCCUCCAGGGUUGAAAGAGAGCGUGGUUACUAUCUCCGGUGAUGAUAACGACAAGGUGGAUAACUGCAUGACUGAUGUUCUGGCUUUGGUAAGCGAAGAUAAGCGAGCUAAUCUGAACUACAAUGUUGAUUAUUCCUCGUUUGGUCAGAACAAGCAGCAUUCCGGUCCCGUGGCUAGACAACCUAAUCAGUACGGAGGAUGGGGUGGUGCCCCACAAUCAGCACCACAACCACACUACUACCCCCCUCAAUGGGGUGGUAACUAUGGUAACCAUCAACCAUACAAUCAGAAUUAUAGAGAUCAUCACGCCAGAGGAGGCAAUAGGAGAUAGCUAUAAGUACAUUCUCUCAUCAAAUAAAUUUCAAGUUACAACACCUUUUAAAGCAAUGAAGUUAUGACGUUCCUAACUGAUUUAAUUGACUCUCCGAGUGGUUAGAUUUCAGAAUCAGAUUUCUUGUUAAGUAACACUUUGGUUAGAUAUGUUGUAUUAGGUUAGAUAGGAUUAAACCAAAGUAUGACACGUUAUGAUAGCAGAGCUUGACUACUGACCCUUCUUAUUACUCUUGAAUAUGUUAAUAUCGGUAUUAUUGUAUUGUAUCAAGGAAAUAUUCUUGUUUUAGUUUUAAAUAAAGGGCUCUUACAAAAGUUGUAGAGUUAUCUUAUCAUUUUAUUCUCCUUGUGGACAAGUUAUGUGCAAUUGUAAAGGCUGUAAAGUUACUGAGUUAUCUAAAUAAGAUAUCUUACUUUAAUGUGUAUCCCCGGCCAAGUUUUAUAUUUAUAGACGAAGAUUUGUCUAUAUUUUAAAGAUAGUAUUCACAAGUAGCGACAGUUCAGUUAUUUCAAGUUGAUAUGCUUGCUAGUAUUAUGUUACACCAUAAUAUAUCUCGAAA